AUUAUUUGGACACCACUUAUACACGAUGUAGGAAAACAUCGUGAGAAAAACUGGACUUAUAAUUUCUAAGUUUGAAACUGCCAAUCCGCGUUGAGCAAGCGUAGUGAUUAAUUCUAAAACUUUCUCCGAAUGAGAGAAGGCCUUUGCUCAGCAGUGGACACUUAUAUAGGAUGAUGAUGAUGAUGAUCUUAUACGUGUUGAUUUUUCAAUCAAUAGUAUUGAACAACCAAAAAUCUACUGUGAAUAUGAGGUGCGAGCGAUGUACUUUAGUCGAGCGGUGACUGCCUGCGUCCACAAUAAAUCGAGCGUUACGAAUAAAUUUGAAUCAAAUGUGUUUGUCACAUGUUUCCGCUAUUGUUCAGACAUUUCGUUCGCGAAUAAAAGCAAAUAUGUCGACGACACAAUAAUGAACACAACACUAAGCGGUUCAAUGACGUAUUAUAUAUAGACACGUCAUGAACCAACAUCGCGGCGAAAUUAGGACUAUCUUUUUGCUAACAUUAAAUUCAAAGUCAAAAUCAUUUAUUUCAAUUAGACCAC